GGCUCCGAGGGACCGCGGGGGGACGGAGCCGGAGCCGGAGCCGGGCCCCGCCGCCGGCAUGUCCGCGCCCUGCUGCGCCGGCCAGUUGGCCUGCUGCUGUGGCACUGCUGCUUGUUCCCUGUGCUGCCGAUGCUGCCCCAAGAUAAAACAGUCAACAAGCACCCGCUUCAUGUACGCGCUUUACUUCAUCCUGGUGACCAUCAUCUGCUGUGUCAUGAUGUCGACGACGGUAGCUAACGAGAUGAAAGCACACAUUCCCUUCUACGAGCAGAUGUGCAAGGGAAUUCAAGCAGGUGAAAUGUGUGAGAAGUUGGUGGGUUACUCUGCAGUGUACAAAGUCUGUUUUGGAAUGGCCUGCUUCUUCUUUUUCUUCUGCCUGUUCACCAUCAAAAUUAACAACAGCAAAAGCUGCCGAGCUUAUAUUCAUAACGGAUUCUGGUUUAUUAAGCUUCUACUUCUGGCAGCAAUGUGCUCAGGAGCAUUCUUCAUUCCUGAUCAGGACACUUUCCUCAAUGCCUGGCGCUAUGUAGGAGCAACAGGAGGUUUCCUUUUCAUUGCUAUUCAGCUCAUCCUGCUUGUUGAGUUUGCACACAAAUGGAACAAAAACUGGACUGCAGGUGCGAACCACAAGCAGAUGUGGAAUGGUUUGCUCGCCCUGGUCACUCUCGUCUUGUACUCUGUUGCUGUGGCAGCCCUGGUCCUCAUGGCUCUCUUCUACACGCGCUCAGAGGGCUGCAUGUACAACAAGGUCCUGAUCGGUGUCAAUGGUGGCCUGUGCCUCUUUGUGUCGCUGGUAGCCAUAUCGCCCUGUGUCCAGAAUCGCCAGCCCCAUUCUGGUUUGCUGCAGUCAGGAGUUAUCAGCUGCUAUGUCAUGUACCUCACUUUCUCAGCAUUAUCCAGCAAGCCACCAGAAACCAUCCUGGAUGAAAACAAUCAGAACAUUACAAUCUGUGUACCUGAAUUUAGCCAAGGCCUGCAUAGAGAUGAAAACCUGGUUACGGGUCUGGGUACUACCAUUCUCUUUGGCUGCAUUUUGUACUCUUGUUUGACCUCAACAACACGUGCAAGCUCUGAAGCAUUGAGGGGAAUAUAUGCAGCACCUGAAACCGAAGUAGCUCGUUGCUGCUUUUGCUGUGUGCCUGAUGGAGAUGCUGAUGCUGAAGAGCACACUGAAAAAAGGGGAGGCCAGACCGUGAUUUACGAUGAGAAGAAAGGCACAGUGUACAGCUAUGCUUACUUCCACUUUGUUUUCUUCCUGGCUUCACUCUAUGUAAUGAUGACAGUAACCCACUGGUUCCAUUAUGAAAGUGCUCAAAUUGAAAAAUUCUUCACCGGAACCUGGUCCAUCUUCUGGAUUAAGAUGGUCUCCUGCUGGGUUUGUGUCUUUCUAUAUUUAUGGACUCUUAUUGCUCCACUGUGUUGCCCGACCAGACAGUUCUCAGUAUGAACACUCAGAAGAUCCUUCUGCAUAUUUACUUUUUUUUUUUUCCUGUUACAAAUAAAGUACAGCAGUCACUUUGUAAUGAGGAGAAACCUAUUGCCCAGUUACCACAAUAUACCAGGUAUUAACUUUUUAGUCAGACUAAAAUGACUGAAGACAUAUUUUAACCUCUUUUAAUUGUCAGGAACAAGUGUUGCCCAGGGGGAUAAAUCUGUUCCAAAACUUUGUAACACUCGUCUAUAGUAUAGAAAAUUUGGUUGUUGCAUAAACUGGAAUAGGUGAAAUACUUUUCAAAUAACUGACAAUCUUUCUCUUACUUCAUUGGCAAGAACAGAAAAAAAUACUGUGCAGAUGUAUCUUCUUGCUGUGAAUGUUGAAAAUCUUCUAGCAAAAUGCAUUCCUUUUUAUACUCUUUUAUUAUUCGUGUCUUUAACAAUGAUAAUUUGGAUUGCUGUUUUGUACAGCCUAUAAUUCUUGUACCAGAUAUUUUUUCCAGAAAGAUACCUAAAUACUUCUGUAGAAAUAGAGAAUAUGCAAGAAUUUGACUGCCAAAGCAUCUUCUAAAUUUUUUUUAAAUAUUAAAUAUAUUUUAAGUUAUUGUAUACCUAGACUGAGAAGGGAAUGUACCAUUGAUAAUAGAGUAUUUAUCCUAUUUUAACUUAAACAGACACCUAAAUAUUUUAAGUAAUUCAGAAUUGGUCUAGUUGUUAACAAAAGGAGAGUGUUACAGAUUCUUAAAUGAUGCUUUGCCAGAUUAAGAUUAGUAACUGUAAAGUUUGUGUACUGUAUGGGGAUUUAAUAUGGUACAUUCUUUAUUCAGAAUGUUUGCUGUUGAUAAAAUGCUAAUUACAGGAGUGCUGCCAGUUUCUGUUAGCUGAGCACUCCACUUUUAAAGUCACUUUUCUACCCUGCUGUCUCAGCCUGUUCCUAAAAAUCUCCCAGGGUCUUCAGUUCUGUUUCUAUUGCUAAUUUGAUAAUAUUUAAAAUGCAGUGGUAGUCAGAAAAAGGACUACAGUGUAUUGUCUUCCUUUUCUGCCUGUAUGUUGGUUGGAAGGUGUUCUUCCUAACUGCUAUAAUUUUAUACCCUUGGUUGAUGUUUGUUUUGCUGUUGGAAUGGGAGACAGACAACUGAUUAAUUCAUGGAGACUGAACUUCUUUUGGAGAACUUCUGCUCCAGACAGCAGGGUAAGCAGUCAGGAAAGCAAAACCAGAAAACACAAGUGUGACAGCAGCUGCCUUAGUGCAAAUGACUGACUUGACAAUAUUAAGCCCUAUUACAUCGCUUUUGUUUGCUUCAAUCAGAUGAUUUGGUGGCAGAACAACAGCUCAGCUGCUCUAAGUGCUGAAUAAGUUUGAACCCACUUCAGUUAUUUACAUUCCAGUGGGAAAAAAUUAUGACUUACAUUAGUCCCAGAGUCUUUCUCUUCUCUCUCAAUCUGUGUAUAUAUAUACAUACAAUGUGAAAUGUGCAGGAUAUAAACAAAACCAACCAAUUUAGCAGGGUUUUUUUUGUUGGUUCUUUUUUUUAUAUGGUUGAGCCUUAAAUCCUCACUCAAGGCUUUCUACAAAACAAAAGCACAACACAGAGGUCAAUGAGAUGGCCAAAGUAUUUGCAUGCCUUAUUGGUUCUGUUGCAAUAACUGAUAGCUAAGGCACACAUGCUGAGUCAUCCUAAAGGGCAACAAAUCUCAGCUCUGCUCCUGUUUCCUUUGACACUUUUAGCUGACAUCUUGCUGUGGUAUCCUAGGGCUUCUGUCCAGCUUGGAACUUGCUAAGAGUGUGACCCUCCCAACUCCAUGGACUCUUACCUUGAGCAAAAUCCACAGCUUUGCAGUCCUUCAUACUUAUAUUACCUACCCCAGUGAUCAGGACUCAAAAUACCUCUGGUAUGAAGUCUGAGGAAACGAGGAGUCUGCUCAGAGUUGAUCCCAUUGCUCUUCUCCUUAUUUUCACCUAGGGAAAAAAAAAAAAAAGCAGUUGAAGCUUAUCUUUAAUGUUGAGUUAGAAGUGCAACCAGUAGCUCUGGAGGUGGUGGCAGGCUUUUGUCAUUGCUUUUGCUUAUGCUCUGAGAUCCUGGUCUAAUCAAGAGCUCUGCCAACAUGGGAUCCAUCAGUAUCUCCUCGUGCAUUUGGAGCCUAGCCACGUAGAUGCUGCUGCAGCAGGAAGGCCUUUGUUAAUGCAUUUGCAAUCAGGAAGCGUUUAUCUGCCCCAUCUCCAAGAUAAGAGCUUAUGGGCUGUGCAGUGAUGAGGAACAGUUGUCUCAUCUGACUGGCAGCAGUUGUCCGACAAACUGUCUUGAUGCAGAGCUACAACUGUGAGCUGCAACUGAGAUAGCCCAGCUCCUUGCCUCUUGCGUGGUGAAUGUGAACGCUGAUCCCUAACGGAUAGAGGCUCCUAGGAGUGGCCUUCUCACAACAUGUAUGCUGUGGUAUGAGAAACCAAGCAUAUUGUAUUAAAAUUAGCGUUGGUUUUUAUAGCAGAACAAUCUGGGAAGGGAGCUCCACAGAAGAAGGCAUGUACGACAUCUUAUGUGUUUACAAAAAUGUUUAUUUUUGGUAGGUAACAUCUUCCUACACAAAGACUCGACGUACCUCCUUGUGCUCAUUUUUUUGUAGUUUGUAUUUAGGGAAAUAGGUUUUGCACAGAGGAAACAGGGUUGUAAGAGGAAAAUCCACAGAGAGGCCUGAGUCUGUUCUUCCUGCACAGCACUUGUCUUGCUGAGUUGUUCCUUCAUCCUUCCCGUCCACCAGCUACUGACCCUAGAUGUCUGCAGGUAUGCACAGGGUUGGAAUUCGGCGGUGCCUGACUAUGCUGCCUCUUACGCUUCUGAGCAAAGCUCACACUGUGGGAGAUGACCCAGACAAUUAUGAAGACCUGUCUGUCCAUGCUGAGACCCCAGGUACAGCUGUGGGUCUCCGGGCCUUUCUUAGGAACUGAUAAUCGCUGGCACCUGGUGCACAAAGCCUCUAGCUCCUGGCUAGGCAAAUCCUACAGCCUUAGCAUUUGUUGUGAAAUCUGUACUGUGAACUUCCCACAUGCAACUACUUAAUACAAAUCACGGGCUAGUGUCUAAGAUGCCAAUGCCCAGAACAUACGCUGUGAACAGUUCACACAAACGGGCUUUUAUAAUCUUUUUAACAAGUGCCUUUGGACCUCCUGCCAUGAGAGCUAGUAAUUCAGGUGGCACUGGAACUGGAAAACCUGGGCUGAGCCCAUGACUCGGUGCUGCUGCCUUGGACCCGACACCGGCGCGUACAGGGUGCGGUGAUGACCUGUGGUGCGUGUGGAAGACCAAACAGUUGUGCUUGGCAAACCCCUGGAGUGGGACCGAUUUCAGAUGUUACAGUGCAGUGGAAGGCGAACUGGGAAAACUGACAGCCUGAUGGUUUUGUGAGUAAAUGAGUAGCUGUUGCUGACACUCACAGUCAGCUGUCGGACUUUCUCCCCCCGUACUGAAAGGGCAGGUUGUUCUGCUCGAGGCAGUGCGGUGUCUCCCGCACCGACACAUGCCUUGUGCCGUGGCUGUACUUCGAGUUUGUUCCCAGAAAUAGGACAGCAGCGCAGCACUCCUGGCUCCCGCUGUUCUCAAACUGUGUGAAGUGAGGAAACUGCUGUUCUAAAGACAGGAAGGCCAGAGAACAUGUCCUGUGCUACGUUUCCUCUAGUUAAACUCAAACGUGAGAUAAUGCCAUUGUUUAGGGGACCUUUGGAGGAAUGGUCCAGGUUGGCAGAAGUUAGUUCUGCUGGGAAAAUGGAGAAGCAUACUGCCAUUUUCCUACUUUUCCAAAUUUGCCAGCAGAAGGAUGGUUAUGUGGAACCUCGUUGCUGCGCUGCUGCCUGAGGCUGGGACAGUUUUACUUGUGAGGGCAAGCUGGGGCUGAAAUUGUGACUGGUUCUUCUGUGGGAUAACUCAGAGAGCGAGUCCCUGAAUCCAGACAGCCGGACUAGCAAGUGAGGCCACAAAACCUUAUGAAAAACAUGCAGAAAGCAGCUGGAGACGUCUGUCUGCUGCUUGCCACCCCGCUCCUUGCAGCAUGCAGCUGCCCUUGUGGCUGGAUGCUCUGUGAUGAUCACAGGCCAGAGCUCCGUGUUUCUGAUGCUUCUCGCUCUGUCCUUCGGGCGUUUCCUUUGGGGAUGAAAAAGCUCAUCCUUACCCUGAGCUGGUGAAUCCUGGCUAGGUUUGGGCCGCUUUUGUCUGAAACGGGUAAUGGAGCGUUGCUGAUGUAGGCGUAGUCCAGAGAGAGGGCCCACCCCUCGCGGAACCGCGGUCGCUGCGUGUCUAUUUAUUUAUUUAUUUAGUGUUUUAGCACCUUUCCGCCAGCCUUGGCGCGCUUUGGCAUUGUGAGCUAUGCAGGUGUAACUGCUUCAGCAGCCGCUGGCGCAGCAUUUUCUGGGCCGGGGCAUUGCUGGGAACGGAGCAACCAUUGCAGUGCGGGGCCGGGAGGGGAGCUGGCUUCUCACGAUGCUCAGGCUUUGACCGAUGCGCCAGGAGCUGGGGACCUCAAGGUACCGCUGCCGUAACCUGGGCUAACAGUACACAGCGUCACUGGGAUCUCUGAACAAAUAGGUAACAAAAUAAUUCACUGGCUGGUUUUAAAACAUGCUAUAGGGAACUUAUGCUAUGAACCAUCAUGCUUUUCUCCUAACUGAGCUGGUGAAGCAAAAUACUCCAAGACUGUACAUAUGUGGCUAAAUGAGCGAGAUUAUCUGCAAUUAAAAAAUAAUCCUUGUCUUUCCUUCAGGGCUUUGACGCAGUCUCUUCCAUGCAGGCUUACCUUUCUCUUCCUGAGUCUGUUCUUUGAGGGCUCUGUGAGCCUGCUUAACUCCUGCUCUGCUGCCUGCAGCUGGGAUGUGGUCAGUGCUAGAGACAAGCUGAUUUCUUUGCCAGCUUCUGCCGAUUCUUGCCUUUCUGUAAGAGGACAACCUGCAGUGUUGAAGCAAAGUCCAGGAUCGUAGUUUCAUACAGAGAUCAGCUUUCCUCUGUGAAACAUGCAUCUUUGUUUUCCUGAGGCGGCCUGCAAGGUCUGGUGGGAGGAAGACACGUAACCAGGGCAGUGGAGCCUCGCUUUGUGCUUCCAGCUUUGUAAGCAGCAGUCUGAACCCAGGGUUGUGUCUGACUGUACAAGGGAAUGCCGGGGUCAAGUGCUUAGGACGCGUGGGCUUUUUGUGCUCUUAACAGGACACGUGGCUUGGGAACUGGUGCGUCUGCGUCUUCAACAUCCCCAGGGCAAAGUGCACGAGUGUCCCUGGGGGGAUGCAUGUACACGGCACAGUGCCUGGGGUGGCGGCCUGGGGCUCUGGGUCAGGAGGCCAUCGCGUUGCCAUCUUCUUUCUAAGCCCAGGAGAAACUCUCUAGGUUUCAAAAAUCCACUUGUUGUGUUUUUUUUCCUUCCACCAACCCUGGUUUGGAAUCAUUCCACCUCUGUUCAACAAUACUGUUUUUUUUAAAAAAACCUUCAGACUUAAUCUCGAGCACGAAGCAGACCGGCUGCCCCCGCCUGCCAGUCUCGCACAGCUCGCAGCACGGCAGCGCCCGGCCGCUGGCACAGACGCCUGCAGAGCUGCAGCUCUCAGCCCCGACACCGCUCCCGCAGCCCGCGGCUGCCAGGGCCCGCCGUAGUCAGAGCCGCGGGUGCACAGCAGGGCUGUGUCUCUGCCAAAGAAGUCUCGGUCCGAAGCCAAGGAAAAUUUGGGAAAGCUAUAGGAAAAUAAUGUGCCGUUACUCAUACCUUAGCUUUAUUUUUCCUCUUACUGAUACGUGUCCAGGUGCUUAGAUGUCGUUGGACAUCCACACAGACUUAAAGCGAGGAAAACCGAUGUUCAGAGAAAACUUUUCAACUUGCAUUAUGCAAGCUGAGAAGAUGCUCACAAGGAACAUAUGGUUCGUUGUCUGUUUUUAUUUACCAGAAAUGAGUGGUGUUUAGUCUCGUGUAUACCAUGUUUGAAAACUGGAUGCAAACUAGGGAAAAUGUAAACACUUUCUUAAUGGUGAAGGGUUUUAAAUUAGUCCUUUUCAAGGUUCUUAAUAUCUCAAGGGAACUCUGGUGUGUAUGUGUGGUUUUGUUUUAUUAAUCUAUAGCUAAGCAAAGUGGAGGUUUGCUAGUUUAUUUAACAUUUUUGUGAGUGUUGUGACCCGUAUAACUGUAACGCUUUGACUUUUAAGGAGUGGUAGACCAGAAUUCUCAGAACUAAAUUGUAAAACAGCGUUUGCCUUUUUAAAGCAUGUUAAUGGUUUUUAUGGACACUUCCUUUUGUAUACUGAGUGAAUGUAUUGUUAUAGGUUUAAUGUUUAAUGGACCAAUAAAUAAAGUUUUUCUUACAUUUGAAA